AACAGAGAUUUGGCGAUUGAUCAGUGUACAGCAUACAUUGACUCGGUCAUGGAUACAUGCUAAGGGGGGAUGAUGAAAAAGGUGAUCAUAACUCAAAGAUUUGAAAAGAAGACAGAUGAAUGGACGCAUAUCUGGUCUCGCAGAAGUCAUCUAGGCGUUCUGCAACGUUACUUGCUCCUUCCACGUACCUUUGUCUUUUCUAAUCUGUCAGCUUUCUUAUUCAAUCUACCUGCUGCAGCCACAUUUCGAUUGCCAGACCAAUUCAUGCAGCUCGCCAACAUUCUUGUAAUACAGCCACCGAGGCAAGUUGUACUUCUAUCGUACUUUCUAUUCCACUCAUCUCGAUGCAAGUGUAGUGUGUUUGCUAACUCCUUUCUUCCAUCGGCUUCCUUACGAAUAGCUUUGACUUCUUCUGUAAUCUGCUCGUUUGAUUUACUAGGUGCAGAAAUGACAGCAAAAAUUUGCAUAAAGCAAAAAAGCAAGAGGAGGAUUAUUUUCAUCCUUGUUUGCUGUUGUUAUGAGACGUUGGUUCAGAGAAAAUGAAUUGUCAGUAUAUAUACCUUGUUUGCAAAGAAAGAAUUGCUUGCAGAUCGCAACGAAUAUAUGCCCCGAUCUUUAAGAGCUUGUGUUAUAUGCAAUUCACGGA